UUCCCCUACUUCCCUUCUUAUGGUGAUCCAAGCAAUUUUAAUUAUUUAGUGAGUAUUGAGCAGGCCACCGAACUGCAUCGAAAUGGUGAAGCAUUGCAUAAGUAGAACGUAAGCUGACAUAAUGAAUAGCUACCCACUUCGUCACUACGUCGGCCUUGGCCCCGUUGGUGUCUGCGGUCUGUUAGGCGUACUCCGUGUCGAACACGGUGUUUCGCAGUGACCACUGUGUGCUAACUGCCAGUAUUCAACUGUGCUUUGCGCGCGAAGCUGGUGCAACGCGCACCUUUACGUUCCGCUAAGUCAGUGGAAUUUGUAUACUAGUUAUUAAUCGACACGCGCUGCGACCAAGGAGCAAGAGGUCGGAUAACAAUAUCCGUCGCCUAUAAACUUCUACGAUUCCGGAAGGAUUAAGACUGCGCUGUUUCAAAGGUGAAGGUGUAAGAAGUUGCGAAAAUGACAAACAGACAGAAACCUUUUGCGGUCAGUCACCGAUGCGCGGUUAUUAUAUCCUUGAUGAUCAUCGUAGUGGUGCUACCACAGUGUUCCGGACAACAAACGGCGGACGCAGUCAUUGGAAAGGAUCGACAGUACAGAGAAAUAGCUAUAAAAUCUGGAUAUUCCGUAGCUACAAAACCGAAAUGGGGGUUCUUCGGAACUAUAUUUAAUCUUGUUUUACAGCAAAUUAAUGAUACAAAAAGCGCUUAUGCUCAAAUAUCAGAUUUAGUUAACAACCAAUUCGCUGAUGAUAAUGCUGUCACAAAUGAACCUGUGCUAGUUAAUGGAACUACAGAGACACCAAAAAUAACAAGAGCAGAAUUCCUGAAUAUACUUGACCGUAAUCUAAAAGGAUUAGCCCGCCUUCGCAGUUUGGAAUGGCGUGAAGCAAAGAAGGAUUCGGCUGCAAAUCUACGUGCGUACAAGGAUGAAAUAUUCAGAGGAAAAAAAUCAAGAAAUACAAGAUAGAAGCGCGUUUAUUGCAUUUUAUCCUACUCAGGGAAUAAUGGCAAUCGUACGGACGCUUUAUUUUUACCGGGUUUGUGUCUAGCCUUAUGUAUCUACCUAAAGUGAAAACUGCUGUCGAAAUAUUAUACAAUGAACACCC